GGUGAUUGAUUGUUUUGGAUGUUUUUACUCUUUAGCACAAUAAUGCCCAAUCAGGUGAGGCCAGCAGCCUUUCUGUUUCUGCACCGCUCAGAAGAAAACCACUAAGAUCUGAUGGAUGAUUAUGAGUGGAUGUUCACUCAUCGCUGCAAAAGGUUGUCCAGCUUCUCCCCAGACACCCUAGUACCCAGCAGAAGUCAGCUGUGGAGCUAAAGAACUUGGAAAGAGGCUCAGGACCAAGCGAGCUAAGUUUAGCCGGCUUAGUGACUGAUUGUAAAGACAGACAUGUGCUCUGCUAAUAUUAGACUGUUGGCACUCUCUCCGGGGCCGGCCUUAGCAGCACAUUGCUCCGACUCUGUGAGCUAUAUCAUUUUCAUCUCCGUGGUUGAAGGCAGAUUCCUUCAUGCUACCUGUCUGAAAGCAUCCAAAGGCCUGCAGAAAUCAGGUGAAUGACAGGAAGCAGGAAGGAAACAGAGAUUAAUGUGUUAAAGCUAGAGAUUUGGGCUGAUGUGUUGAAGGGCGUGACAUUAGGAAGUGGAAAUUUCUUUUGUUUGUGUUUUCAAUCAGGGUGACUGAAAAAGAUCUGAAUAAAUGAAAAAGUUAAACAGACCUUGAACUCCUGAAACAAUAAAAAGCAGCUUUAUUUUUUUGGUACAGACAUCUGGAGGCUUAAAGCCCCAAAACGGUUCGAUGUGCAAACCAGGGAGUGAAGCAGAUUCCAUCCUUUUAUAAAGACAAUCGACCGAUAGGUGUGCUCCACCUGUAACCCUCCAUCACCCUGAAACAUCACAAGAGCAGUGACCUACUAGUCUCUGACCACUGUUUCAGGCCCAAGAACAAAGUAAUAACAGCCUGAAUGUAACAGAAACUGGUUUAUUUGACUAUUUGACAAACUCUAUGAAUUAAGGCAUUAAAGUGCCUCAAACACUAAUUCCAGGGAUGAUGUGAAAAUGUAGGCCAAUAUUGAUAUCCGAUAUUAAUAUUGCUGUUAUAUCUGAUAACCUAUAAUUACGCCAUUAAAUUAAUUUAAAUAGGGAUAUAAGAAAAAAACGAUGUGUUCAGAUAUUGGACCGAUAUAUAAAAGUCCAAUGUCCAAACAUUUGCUUUGUUUUGUUUUGUGGUGCGAUUCAAAGUGUGACUGCUUGGUGGCAGCAGUUUUUACCACCUUCAUUCUGACAAAACAACCAGAUCUGUGAUACAGUCGCUCUGGAUGUCUUUUAAAAGCGUUUGACCCGAGUUUUCCAAUUAGGUUCAGUCUGAAACAUUACCAAUAUUGUCAGACAUUUAGUAUUGCAUUAUAUCAUAUCCUCUCAGAUAUAUAUUAUAUCACCAGAUUCCAGAGGUGUGGACUCGAGUCACAUGACUUGAACUGGAGUCAGGCUCGAGUCAUUAUUUUAAUGACCUCUGACUUGAACUGAUAAAAUUUAGAAAGACUUACAACUUGACUCGGAAUUGAACGUCAAUGACUUGCGACUUGAAUCGACUUGCAUCUGUUGACUUGAUGAUGACUUGAGCAUAUUUGAUAUUUUAGCACAAAAGUGGAACGACAUGGACAAAAAUCAUCAAUCAUUCUUGGUUCUUGUACUGCUAAAUGCAGCAGCACUUUGUUUAUAAUCAGUUUCAGUUUCUGAAACUGGGGGUGGGGGGUGAUACAGAAAUGGAAACAAGAUGGAAAAAAAAGGUUGUUAAACUUGGCCCAGUUUUACUUAUUGGACUGAUACAGAUAUGUUAAAAAAGGGCUAACAUCGGCCGAUACCGACAUGCCUUAUUGAUUCUAAUUACAGCAGAAAAAUUUCAAGUUGGUAAAAUACAGAAGGGAUCUGAUUUUUUCAAGCGUUUGUGGUAAUUUAAAUAUUUUCCCUAAAACUCAUUAGAAAUUGCAGUGUCUGCUGACUACUUGCUCUUUUAUUAAAAACAUGCUUCUAUGAAAAACUCAGAUUGCUGCCUGAACUAUUAAUAGUGUGCUCACUUAGCGCCUAAAUACCAUAGUUAGAAUAUGAAUACUUAUUGAUAUUUCAAAUAUUCCAAACAGAAUUCACAAAUAGCAUUAGCAACUCUUGGAUGUAACAAUGAGCAAGGCAGCUAACGAUUUAACCUGUGACAUUUGUGCUGUUGCUCAUGUUUUUAUGUUUGGUUGGACCUAAACAAAUUAUGCUAUUGUUUUUUAAUUUGUUUUUGGAGGGAUUUGACCAAUUCUUCAGAAAAAAAUAAUCAAAGGUAAAUUAAAACAUCAAGAAAAUGACAGAGAAUCAAAAGAUCGCAGAAAAAUAAAACUUUUUUUUAACCUUCUAGGCUCUCACACAGAAAACACAGUCACCUUUGGCCCAGAGUCCAACAUGACCAAAACAGGACAAAGAGAGCAUCUCAGUCUGCAUACAGCUCAGCAAUGCUUAAAAACUCAACCACAUUGCUCAAAAAGUAAAAAAAAAAAAAAAAAAGAAGAUAAUCCUAAAAUGUGCUAAUCUAUUGCACAGAUUCACAAAACCAUCCAACUAAAGAAAAUCCUCAGAGAUUACAGCUAAAUAAAAGACAAGAACUCUCAUGCAUGGGCUUCUAUAAAAGCCUUAUAUGAAGCAAACACAAAAUAAUCAUUUUUAAGAGGACAAAAAGAACAGAUUUCUGUCUGGGGAAAUCGCCCUCAGAUGUACGACACAUGGGGAAAAGUCUGGGAUGUUUUGGAUUAGUACUUUAAAAGAAUUGGACCAACGAAAGUUUCAAACAUGUCUGGAUUUAGUUGAAUAAAAUCAACAUUCAGUUUCAAAUACCACUUUGAUUCUGUCCAGCUGCUUCAUGCAGUCACAUGAAGCUCCACCACCUUUCACCCCAAAUUUUUGUCUUUAAGUUUCACACUGAAUCAAAUACAUAAAAUAUACUUUACUUGUACUUGCACUACCAACACUUUAUAAUGGGGAUGGUGUGCUGCUGACUUCUACUUGGAAUGUUGUGGAUUGGUAGUGACCUCCUCAAUUCCACCGGUGCGUCUUCCAGUAGGAAGCAGAGUCUGGUGACUUUGGGUUGGGCUUUCCAAUCUCUAGUGCCUGAGAUGGUCAAAAAGUUCCUCGGUGGCAAGGCUCCGAUGGUGGAUGAGAUCCGCCCAGAGUUCCUUAACCUCUACUGCACACUGGAAGUGUCAGCGGUGCGGACCGGCAGCGGAACGUCACUCAUUCAAACAGAAUCUAUUAUGGUCUACGGAGAGUCAAAAACCAGACGCAACGUGACAAUUUUCAGAUGCGUCCCAGAAGUGGCAUAUUGCUAGCCUAGUGAACUAGACCAAAUUCUUGCUUUGCAAACAAUGGUCUAGGCAUGCUCCAUUGGAACCUCAGCAGGUCCUACCAGGACUCUGGCUAGCCAAUCACAGCUCUCUAGAGGGGUUUCAAACACAUAAAGAGCUGUGAUUGGUCCAUAAUGGUGGGCCAAUCAUAGUGCUCUAUCUGCUUAGUGAACAAAUCACAGAGCUUUAUCCGCUUUGUGGGCCAAUCAGGGCACUCUACAUGCCUGGUGGGUGGGAUGAUGCAACAGAGUGAAACAAGAGUAUGUCACAUUCUUUGUCUUGUGGAAUGCGGAGAUCAUUUGAAAGACAACGGUAGAACCCGCCCCACAACCGAGAGCCGUCAAUGGAGCAUGGCCAGACUAAAUAAUACAUUUAUUUAGUCAGGCUUGCCAGGCUAGCACAGUGCGCCAUGCUGCUAAUAGAGCCGCUUCUGGGAUGCGUCAAUGUACACAGUUAACAUAGGGCUAGACAGGCAGUCACACAUGGUUUCAGUGUAAAAUCCCCAAUACUUUUCAAAAUAAAAGUACAGUAGCGAUGCAGUUUCAUAUGUACGAAGCUUACAUGUGACCCAAUGACUUAUUUACUCCCUUGCAUCAUUCCAGAAGUGCAGUGGUGUGUUUUUCAUGGCUUUAAUCCUGGUGGUGGAGAGGAACAACAUAAUGGAGAAGGUGUUCGUCCACAUCCCUUGGAAGUUGGAGAAGACAGCAGAAGACCAGCUUCAAAGGAAAAAAAUCCUUAAGAUGUGGGAUGAUGAAGAAGAAGAGGAGAUGAGAAUCUGAAAUGAACUCCUGAAACACUUUACCAGCAGCACAAAGGCAACAUUCUCCAGACAGCCAAGAAGACGCUCACCUGUCUGGACUGGGAGAAGAACAAGGCAGACUCAAGCCCUCCUCUUCCUGGAUCCGUGUUUUCCUAUGCAUUAAGUUUCAGAGCAGAACGAGGUGAGCUCAGAUCGACGCUGCAGUCAGCUGCAAAUCUGAGUUUCCUUUCAGAGAGGAUGAAGGCUGUGCAGAAGAACCAGGGACACACCGACCAGAUGUUGGGAGCCAUGGCUGACGUUCUCACUUCCGUGGCAAUGCCCAAUCAACAGUGGCUUUCAGAGGGAGGCGAGGUGGACCUCCCAUCGAGCGAGGAGGAAAAGGGGCCUUCACAGGGCCGGUGGGAGCAAGACGAGCCAGAGUGGGAGCAACAAGCAACACUAAACCAAGAACGACGUGAAAGAACAGACUCGUACUCAGCAGCAGGCAGUGAAGGCAGCAUUUCCACCUCUGUGGCGUCCUUGCCCCCGCAGCCAUCGGGCAGCUCGGCCCCAAGUUCACCGGGCUCCAGGCGCUCUGUAAGCACCUUGAAGAAGUGGCUCACAAACCCUGUCCGUAAACUCAGUGCCGGAUCCGCUGCCAAAGGAGACCGUCAAGUCCGGAAGCUCGAUGGGAAACCUUCAUCUCUGCCAUCCAACAGCCAGAGCCAAAAUCUUAGCAGCUCCCCGAAGUCUAACGAGACUCUCACCAUUCUACCCGUCACCCACAGAGAACUGGAGUCGAGAGACGGCCUAGCAAGUCCUGAAGACCUGUCACCAGCUUCACUACAGCCACACAGUUUAAUGACAACCUCGUUGACUGGCUUCACAUCACUGCCAAAUCCCCAGGAGACAGAAUCCACCAGUAUUCUGCCAGAUUACAGCAUCUUGACAGAGGACACCUCCAGCCAAUGCUCGGCUGCGGCCGACACCGAGGAGGAGAGGAGAAGUGCCUUAGAGAAAAGCAUGUACGUGUUGAAGGAGCUUAUAGAGACAGAGAAGUACUACGUGGAGGACCUGGGGCUCAUCGUGGAGGGCUACAUAGCCACAAUGAGCUCCAAAGGCAUACCGGAGGACAUGAACGGAAAGGACAAGAUUGUUUUUGGAAACAUUCAUCAAAUAUUCGACUGGCACAAAAAUUACUUCCUGGGAGAGCUGGAGAAGUGUUUGACCGAGCCCGAAAGGCUGGCUCAGCUCUUUAUUAAACACGAGAGGCGUCUUCAUAUGUAUGUAGUGUACUGUCAGAACAAGCCCAAGUCAGAGCACAUCGUCUCAGAGUAUAUUGAGACUUAUUUUGAGGAGCUCCGGCUACAACUGGGCCACCGGCUGCAGCUCAAUGACCUGCUAAUCAAACCCGUCCAGAGGAUCAUGAAGUACCAGCUUCUGCUCAAGGACUUUCUAAAAUACUACACCAAAGCAGGGAUGGACACAGAAGAGCUGGAGAAAGCAGUAGAAGUGAUGUGCUUUGUGCCAAAGCGUUGCAAUGACAUGAUGAAUGUGGGCAGACUGCAAGGCUUCGAGGGGAAGAUCACGGCGCAGGGCAAACUGCUGCAGCAGGACACCUUCACUGUCACAGAGCAGGACAGUAGCUUCCUGUCUCGAGCCAAAGACAGACGAAUCUUCUUGUUUGAGCAGCUGGUCAUCUUCAGUGAGCCCAUUGACAGGAAGAAAGGCUUCUCGCUCCCUGGAUACAUCUUUAAGAACAGCAUCAAGGUGAGCUGCCUGGGGGUGGAGCCCAGCAUGGAUGGAGAUGACACACGCUUUGUGCUGACCUCACGAAACCCAGAUGGGAGUGUGGUACGCUUCCAGCUGCAGGCCUCUUCUCCAGAGACCUGCAGGGCUUGGGUCUUCGAUGUGGUUCAGAUUCUGGAAAGUCAGCGUACCUUCCUUAACGCCUUACAGUCACCUAUUGAGUAUCAGCGGAGAGAGAGCAAGUCCAACAGCCUGGGCCGUAGCAUGAGGCCCCCCCUGUUUGCGGCGAGCGCCCUGCGGCCCCACUCGUCUGCCUCCAUAGACCGACACAAGAUGCCCUCCCUCCACUCUCACAACACCUCUCUGCCUGCUCUCUACCUGCCGAGCCAAAACCAGAGCCAAGGACCAAGCGAGUCGUUCUCACUGGCGGAUACCGCUGCAGUCCAGCCGUGCCCUGCUGACUCCCACACUGUUUCUCCAUCACACGUACGUCUGGGCUUCACCGACCAGCCAAACUGUCCAGCUGUGUCAAAUGGGCUGUGCAACUCAACCACACAGGGACCACAGCAGAGAGCAGUGGAGAGCUUCCGUAGAAGUUCGGCCUCUGAUGCUGGGAGCCAGGCUCCACUGUCAGGCCCCUCAGCUGGACGGCGUCCCAGCAACCUUGCCCAGCUAGCUGAGGAUGACCUUUGAACUCUUCCUGGUUUCUGGAGAACAACCUCUACAGCUGUGAAGACAUCACUUGUUUGUUUACUGGAUCCUCAACUAAGGUUCCAUCAGGAUUUCUGCAGGAUCAUGAAGGAACUUGACGUCUGAAGGACUUAUAAUCCUCAGAUAUCAAAGGGAAAACGGCUCAUUUUAUGUUUCUAUUUGAGAGAGAGAGAGAGAGACGCCUAAAGGGAGGUGAUCACCUUCAGCAAACAGGAACUGCACCCAUCAGGAUGCUACUGGACUCAGAGUUAGGAAACACUCCUUGCUAUGACUUCUGCUUUUUACCCUUUUAGAGAGUUAGCAUUUAUAACUCUUUGAAAGGAAUCCGGGGAUUUGUUCAAUGAUUCCAUUCCUAUUUGGGGCAGUUACUGGAGUCCCGUGUGUGCCUAAAUGUAUGAAACAACAUGUGGGUGUGUCUGUGUGCAUGAAAGCAGGCGAGGGGUGGCGGUCACUCUUCAUGCCCCCCCGCAUUAAACGUCUAUCCUUAUGCCCCAUGAUGAAGACAAACAGAGACAUGAACGUGUUUAUUUUUUUCUCUUUCCUGCUGAAAACUGAGGUUGCUCUUCAUGACGACCAGAACAGGAAGAGGCAGAACAUUUGAUGUAAGCAUCACAGGAACUUGAUUCACUCAAAUUUCAUCUAAAAGUGAAAAACUUUCUUUGUUGCCACAGCGCUGAGAGUCCCUGAGCGCUCUGAUAUUCUGUUUGACUGGGCCCCCCAUCUUUGAUCUGGACAAGAAGGCGUGAGGGAGCCCCCUGGAGGUUCUCUGUGGGUAUGACGUCACCUCAUAGCUCUUCAGGCAACUCCUCAGGAGGAAGGGCCUCCUGUGCUGACCCAAAGCAGUGCAUCUUCUCAGUCACUAACUGGCUCCACACAGCUUUACACGGCUCUGUAAUGACAGGUGGAAGAGUGGAGCUCUGGAUUUGAACUGAUACGAGUAGUGUUGUUAGUCCUGUCGUCAUGUCAAGGCUCUGCACCGAUUCUAUAACCUCUGUUAGCUUUUACCCUCAUCAGUUACAUUCUGUACAGUGCUUACCAUGGAAGCAGUAGAUAAAGAAUAAGGCGGGAGUGCCCCGGGUGGUCGUUCCACUGAUCUGCAUGCUCCCUCUUCCUGAACGGUGCCAAAAAACAGCUGCAGCUCACGAGUGAAAUGUUUCACUCCUGUUCUGCAGUCUGGGCUGUCGUUACUCUGACAAAACAAUCACAGGAUUUUACAGCACAGAAGAGACGCUCUGUCCUGUCAGGUCUGACCGCCAGAGGUCCUCAGAAGAACCAGCUCUAGUUCCUCAUACAUACAGCUGCACCAAAGAUCUCAACAGGCCUCACAUUUCAAAGUUCAUCUUACACAAAAGGAAAUUCAAAAAUAAACGUCAUAACAGAAACAAAACAUGAGUAAUCUAUGUCCAGACCACAGUCUGAUUUAAUGUGAGCUCUCAUGGGAAUCACUGAUCGAUCAGUUUUGCAUGAAACCCAAAGGAAUACCUCUACAGAGAACCAAACGCAGGAGAGGGUCUGACUGAUCAUGAGUUGUAUCAU